AUGGCGCCUUCAGCAGAGUCCAGUGGAACCGGUGUAAGUGCCCAGCCAAACGGCCAUCAGACGAAUGGCCAUACCAACGGCACCUCCCAUGGCACAGGCACCGCCAACGGUGUCAACGGCCACGAUAAUGGAGAUCUAUACCAAGACUUUGCCUACCCUCCAGUCGUCGAGGAUGGAACGCCCUACAGGGUUCUGAAGCAGUAUCAUUCCAAACCUACAAAGCUGCGUGUGGCUUGCAUCGGUGCUGGCGCCUCGGGACUAUGUUUGGCAUACAAGAUGGAGAAGCAGAUGGUCCCCGACAGCUGGGAGCUGACCCUCUUCGAGAAGAAUCCUCACUUCGGCGGCACAUGGUACGAGAACACAUAUCCCGGUGUUGCCUGCGACAUCCCGUCUCAUCUGUACACCUUCUCCUGGGACCCCAAGCCCGACUGGUCACACUACUUUGCCUACGGCGACGAGAUCCAGCGCUACUUUGAAGACUUUGCCGAGCGCAACAGGUCGAAGCGCUAUAUGAAGCUCAACACCAAGGUCGUCGAGGCCCGCUGGGACGAGCCCAAGGGCCUCUGGAACCUGACGCUCGAGGACCAGCGGACCAAGGCCUCCUGGCAGGACUGGUGCCACGUCCUCGUCAACGGCACCGGCAUCCUCAACAACUGGAAAUGGCCCGAUGUCGAGGGCCUGCACGACUUUGCCGGCCCCAAAAUGCAUUCGGCGGCCUGGGACCACGCGGUCGAUUUCGAGGGCAAGACGAUCGGCGUCAUCGGCACCGGUAGCACGAGCGUUCAGAUUGUGCCGGCGCUGCAGAAAGUCGCCGGGACAAACCUCAAGGUCUUUAUGCGUUCGUCGACGUGGAUUUCGCCCCCCUUCGGAGGCGGCGUCCUCGAGACGGAUCUGCGGAAGGACAAGGAGGGUGCGCAGCCGGGCAAGAGGCAGUACACGUUUACCGAGGAGGACAAACAAAAGUUCCGCGACGACCCGGAGUAUCACCUCAUGUUCCGCAAGAGGAUAGAGGCUGAGAUCAACUCCCUCUUCGGCAUGUACCAGCAGGGCUCCGAGCUCUCGGAUCAGUUCCGCCAGGUCAUCAAGGACGAGAUGGAGAGGCGCAUCGGGCCUGGUAACGAGGAGCUGAAGAAGUUCAUCAUUCCCGACUGGGCUCCCGGCUGUCGUCGCAUCUCGCCUGGUGACGGGUACCUCGAGGCCCUGGUGCAGCCGAAUGUGAAGCCAGUGUUUGGAGGUAUCAAGCAGAUUGUGCCCGAGGGCAUCAUCACCGCGGACGGCGAAACGCACAAGAUUGACAUCCUCGUGUGCGCGACUGGCUUCAACGUCGCCUUCAGACCAGCCUUCAAACUCGUCAACGGAACCGGCAAGACGCUGAACGAAGACUGGGGCGACAGCGUCAACCUCUACAUGGGUGUGUCAGCGCCGCGGUUCCCCAACUACUACACCAUUGUGGGCCCGGGUGCAACAUGGUCCUCGGGCACGCUGUUGCCCUCUAUCGAGACGACAAUCGAGUACGCAAUCCAGAUGAUGAAGAAGAUUCAGCACGAGAACAUCCGCUCCAUAGAUGUCAAGCAAGACGCCCUCGACGACAUUUAUGCCCAUUUUGACGAGUUCCACAAGACAACAGUCUUCAAAGAGAGCUGUAGGAGUUGGUUCAAGGACGGCAAGAUCAAGAACCGCAUCUACCUGUGGCCUGGCUGCCUCAAGACAAUCCACUUCCUCAAAUCGAUCAAGACUCCACGAUUCGAGGACUAUAAUAUUCGGUACCGUUACGCCAAUAGGUUCGCGUUCCUUGGCGACGGCGAGAUCAAGGCGAAUACGACCAAGAAUGUCCUUGGUUUAAGCACAUAUGUUCGGGAUCAUGAUCACGACUGGAACGUUGAUUGA